UCAGCUGUAGCUGGGGGUUGGUAGGUAGGAUUGCUGAAUUUCAACAAAUUCUAUAUCUUCCUCUCUUUUUUUGACGAAAAUGGAUUCCUUUGAAACGCUUGAUCCUUCAAGCAAGCUGAAAAAUGUAUCAGAUUACAUAAAUAAUAUGAUGGAUGAGCUCUAUCAAGAAGCAGGAACUACAUUGUUGAAUGCACCAGAUUCCAGUAUGGCGUUCAUGGAUAUGUACAGAGACGAUGAAAAUCACAUCAGAAAGAUAAAGGAAUUUCAGGAUUACUUUGAAAUGGUGAAGAGAAUGGUUAAACCGGGUUGUUCAGAAGAAGUCUUAAAGGUGGCGUUGGCUUCCAUGUCCUCGCUAGUAAGCAUACUUACCUACAUGUCCUCUCCAAAUCACCGUUCCUCAUUGUGAACAAGAAUUAACCCGAAUGCCACUAUCUCGAGGAACAAUCUGCUGGUUUUUCCUCUAGAUGAAAAUGCAUGCUGCAGAUUUUCCAUGCCUGUAUCUAUGUAUAUUAAACUUUAUGUUCCACCAUUUUUUGUUGUCUAGUUGUCUAGAGCAGCUUUUAUAUUAGAAUAUGUCCAAGAAGAAAAUAUAUGUUCAUAGAUGGUUAGCUUCAUCCAAGAACAUGGGAAUGCUCUUGCCUGUAAGUUGUCAGUUGCACGACAUUGUGUACCAUAAGCUGUCAAUAUUGUUUGUUUAUCGUUCAA